UAGCUGUUCCCAACCUAACCCUAGGAAGCUUCAUUCUCAUCUUCCUUAGUCUAUAACUAUAAAAGCAUGAAUUAGUAGCUAAUUCUAUCAUCACCCACAUCGUUAAUUAGCAAUAAAAUUAAAAUUAAUUAAACCUCAAAAAUGUUGUCAAGUCUUCCAAAUUUCAGUGAGCUAAGGGACCUUCACAAACGUGCAAAUGACCUCCUACACUCUUCUCAAAUCCAACAAACCCUAACCCAACACCACCAAGAAACGCCGGCCACCGCCACGACAUCGGUCCGAGAAAUCUCCGAGGCAACAUUAGAGAUGCUGGAUCUUUGUGGCACAACUAGGGAUAUCCAUUUAUUGGUGAAAGAACACUUGCAAGAGCUUCAACACACCUUACGUCGAGCUAAAUUCGACGCCGGUGGUUUGGAUUUUGAGGCUCAAAUGUCAGCACACGCGCUCUAUAGGAAAAAGCUUAACAAGGAGCUAGCUAAAUGCUUAAGGACAAUCAAGGGUACUAAAAACAACAAGUUUUUUACGUCGGAUCUUUCGUUAAUUGAUCAAAACCUUAUAGUAGUUGUUCAUGUUUUAAGGGAGAUUAAAGGGGCUACUAUUUCUCUUGUUGAAUGUUUAUUAAAUCUCCUUUCAUUACCAACUACGGUAAGCAUUGUCCAUAGCCAAAGAUCAUUGUCGUCAUCGUUGGCAUCCAAGUUUCGAAGGGUAAAUUGUCAAAGGUUGUUGGAGAGAUGUGAUUCAAUGGAGAUUCGAAUGGCGAAUAAGAGAUUGGAAGAAGUAGAGAAGUCUAUGGAAGAUGUUGAGGUUGAAUUAGAGUGUGUUGUUAGGCGUUUGAUCCACACUAGAGUUUUACUCUUAAACAUAGUUAAUAAUUAAUUAAUUAGGAGUAAUUUCACAUUCGAUAUUGUACAGACUAAUAAUUCAAUAUUUCGGAGAUAACAAAUGACAUUCUUUAUUCGUAUAUAUCGAGAUGUAAUGUUAUGCAUGUUUUAAUUCUGUUAGCCCCUAGUACA